UGGGCCGGGAGCGGACGAGGAGGCUGCAGCAGCGGUGCGGCGGACCCGGGGAGACGCGGUCAACGCUCCGGAAAACUUAGGCACACACAUGCGACACUGCGCCCGCGGCCUGAGCGAUGAAGAUGGUCGUGCCCUGGACGAGGUUCUACUCCAACAACUGCUGCCUGUGCUGCCAUGUCCGCACUGGCACCAUCCUGCUUGGCAUUUGGUACCUGAUUAUCAAUACUAUGGUACUGCUGAUUUUAUUGAGCGCCCUGGCUGAGCCAGACCAGCGUCACUUUUCAAGUUCUGAACUGGGAGGUGACUUUGAGUUCAUGGAUGAUGCCAACAUGUGCAUCACUAUUGCUAUUUCUUUUCUCAUGAUUGUCAUAUGUGCAAUGGCUACUUAUGGAGCAUAUAAGCAACGUGCUGCCUGGAUCAUCCCUUUCUUCUGUUACCAGAUCUUCGACUUUGCCCUGAACACCUUGGUUGUAGUCACUGUGCUGGUCUAUCCAAACUCCAUUCAGGAGUACAUACGGCAGCUGCCUCCUAAUUUUCCCUACAAAGAUGAUAUCAUGUCCAUGAAUCCUACCUAUUUGGUCCUUAUUAUUCUUCUGUUCAUUAGCAUUAUCUUGACUUUUAAGGGUUACUUGAUUAGCUGUAUUUGGAACUGCUACCGAUACAUCAAUGGCAGGAACUCCUCUGAUGUCCUGGUUUAUGUCACCAGCAAUGACACUUUGGUGCUGUUACCCCCAUACGAAGAUGCUGCUGUGACGGGCCCUGCAAAGGAGCCGCCACCACCUUACGUGUCAACCUGAGCCUGAGAGUGGGGUGGGGCAGAGAGCAGCAGCUUCGCUUUUCAUAUGUCUGAGCAAUAGUUCUAUUAUUUCACUCUUGAGAUGAGCUCUCUGAGUUUGUUGCUGAAAUGCUACAUUGUAAAAUUUAGAUGUUAAUUUGAAACCUUGUCUAGUUUUAAACAUAUGCUUUAGCUGAAACACUGUGGUAGAUUAGGUGUAGAAUUCUUCUUGUCAGGGUGGGAUUGUAACUGGCUUCACUAGUCUUCCCCAGGCAAUGAACCCUCCCCAGGGUCAAGGGCAUUUUGAGUCAGAGAAGUCUGCCUUUGUACCUGCUGGGCCCCAACUUGGGGUGUGAGUCCUAUUU